UCGAGCAUGACAGAGAUAGGGUAGGAUAACAACGGACGCUUGUUUUUUUCUAGUCAUAGGCUCCAAUACAUUGUGUGUUGGCAGCGAUAGGAGCAGGCUAUGAGAGGUACUGGAAUUCCCGAGUGCCUUUAGCAGCAGACGGCAAAAGAAUGGGACUGACGAAGAAGAGCGAUAAACGUAAAGCGAGGCAGUCGGAAAUGAAAUCAAGCGAGCCGAAAGAUAUGAGGGCGAAAAGGUUAUUAGAAAAUGGCGGAGAGGGUGACCAUGCGAAGGAUAUUCUGCCCCAUUUUGUUCCGUAUUUGGUUGUGUGUGUGACGCUGGUGUUUCGUGUGUAUUACGUCACGUUGCCUAGCAGCAUGUGGAUUCUUCAUCCCGAUGAAAUAUAUCAGUCAAUGGAAGUGGCCCACACAUAGUUGUACGGGUACGGACUGAGACCUUACGAGUUCAUGCAGCCAGUGAGGGGAGACAACCUCUCCCACUACCAGAAGAUAGAACACAAGCUUGGCAUGAGGGCCCUGAGGUCGCCCUUGUUUCCCCAGUUUUUCAUGCUGCUCUCUUCUGUCGUGUCCGUUACAGGGUACUCGCCCAACCCAUAUAUGCUUUGGAGAACCGGGCAUGUGUUCGUGACGUCAUGCCUACCCCUGGCCGCAUCCAGGUACUUCCUGUCACUGACCGGAUCACGUGACGUGUCCAGCCUGGCAGCCAUCUUGGUGGCCACGUCUGCUUCCCUCACCGUCUUCGGCACGCACACGCUGAUCAACAGCUUUGUCUCGACCUUCACCUUUCUCGCCCUGGCCUCAGUUGUCUACGAGCUGAGGAAUGUCACCCCGUCACCCCUCAACAGAACUGGAAGUUCAUCUGACGAUCAGCGGAGCGUACAAGAAGCGACACCUUCAGGAUCGAUGAAAUCAAAAUUAAACGGUUUACAAGGUUUCGGUAACUCUAAAAACGGUUCUUACGUAACAGAAGAAAGCGAAUGUGAACAAGAGACCAAUGUUUUCAGAAAUGGUAAAAAAGAAGCGUCUUUACAGUCCACGAAUACUCAAGUAACAUUCCCGGAGUCAACACAGAAAACAAACUUUUCCAGAAUUUCAGAAACCGCCCAGGAAGAUCGGAGAUUAGUUCAAUUUAUAACAGGUCUGACGUUAGCUUUGUCUGUCUAUGUUCGCCCAGACUCUGCUCUCAUGAUCUCCAUACUUACACUGCUCAGCAUGAAACCACAUCACUUCCGGCUUAUCUGGAAGCAACAGUUCUUCUUCCUCUACCUGAUUGGUGCCUGCGUCGGACUCGUGUUGGCCGUCGGCGAUGACGUAUACUUUUACGGCAGUUUCGCCCUGUCCCCCGUCAACUGGGUGAAGUUUAACGUGUUCUCUGGCAUGGCCCCCAAACUGUUUGGAACUUCUGGUAUGUUCUUCUACAUAGAGGAAGUUUUUCUCCACAAUGUCGGGAUGAUGUGUUUAAGUUUGGUAUUUGUUGUCUACUUUAUUUGCUUGCUAUGCGUGCACUGUUACUUUAUCUUGAGCAAGAUGAACUUCACAGGGCGGGGUUUAUCAAAUAAUGAUAUUAAUUGUCAAAGUAAGGGGCGGUUACUGGAGGUAGAACAAAGUAAGGGGCUGUUACUGGAGGUAAAAGACUCCAGCAUGAUCGCCCCUUGUUUGUGUGUCGUCAUGUUGGUGGCUGUCUUCUCCCUGUCCGGACACAAAGAGACACGUUUCCUCCACGACGCCCUCGUCCUCUUCUACGGCGCCCUGGCGUCUGCGGCUGUAACUCUACUCCACCUACUCAAGUCCAGACUGUGGCAGGUCGCCCUCUUGACCUCCUCCCUCCUUCUCCUCCUGGCACACGAGAGACACGCCAUACAGGCCGCGAAAGACUGGCAGUAUUCGUACAGCGAACACAGUAUCGAUACCAACAUUUGUCUCCGGUAUUUAUCCGCACAACAUGACGUCACGGGUCUCUUCCUGGACCGGAACCUGCACGAAACCGGAAGUUACUCCCUGCUCCAUCAGAACAUUCCAGUGUUGUUCCUCUUGGGCUCGGAGUUUCUAGAGUUCGAUAACGAUUCGCUAGUAAAUCAUGAUCAGCCGACUACCCCAAAAGUUAAGCUAAACAAGGGGUACUACUCUGUGACCAAAGUAUCGGAUCUGAUCUACAAACGUAAUCGAGACUUUUUACUCAAGCGGAUUGUCGAGUCCCGGUACUAUAACUACGCCAUUGUCGAGUCCGGCAGCCGGUUCCACGUUCCGGUUUUUAAAGAGGUCUUCCGGUCUAAUGACGUCAUGGUGUUGAAACGAGACUACGAUCCUGAAACCGAGGCCAAGAUGGCGGCGGCCGUGGGGAAGGUUCCGUACGGCGGGACGAACACAACCAUGGCGGAAUACGAAGGCGAGGUGCUGAAGCAGCUGGGAAACUUCUACAAGGCGGCGCGCAGGUUCGAGUCCAUCCUAGCCCGGGGUACACCGGAAGUGAAUGUUUUGGCGUCGUUGGCGUUUUGCUACCACCGGAUGGGGGAUGGGAGGGGAAUGAGCGACGUCUUGAGGAGGUGCUAUGGGAAGUUUGAUAGAGAUAGAUGUAACGCUGGGGAUAGGGGGAGGGUGCUCCAGUUGGGGGGUGGCCCAGAUUCCAUGGUCGGGUAG